GAAGGCGACAAGCUGCUGCCCUGACUCACACCGCAGUGCCACGCCGUGCUCGGCCCCACUCGUGAAAACUCGUUGCUCGCCGCCGAAUCGUCGCCUCCACCGCGCAGGCGCAAUAGAACCGGCCGCUCUUUCUGCCAUACCGGCUGCUAGCAACCACUGCAAACAUGGCCCUUGAUAAUUUCCUAUUCGGUCAGUGCAUGUUGUAUUUCUUGGCGUUCAUCUUCGGCUUUAUCGCUGUGGUACCCCUGUCGGAGAACGCCGACGACUUCCAGGGAAGAUGCCUGCUCUUCACUCGCGGCAUGUGGCAGAACGAAAAUAUCACGGUGGAGAAGCAGCGCUUCGUGGUGGAGGAGUGGGGGCCAGAGUCUGCCUGUCGUUUCAGCACCUUCGUGGGGAUAGCAUCGCUCAUUCUGUCCGCAGUACAGGCGUGGAGAAUCCUCUUCUAUCUGUGCAAGGGCCACGACGCCUCCUUCUUCUACGCCUUUGUGAACCUCCUGGCAAGCUCUUUCGUGGUUUUUGUCAUCUUUGUGGCCAGCACCAUUGUGAGUGUGGGAUUCAACAUGUGGUGUGACGCCAUCACAGAGAACGGGAGUAUGAUGAACAGUUGUGAAGAGAUGCAGGACACCGAUCUGGAACUUAGCGCCGACAACUCUUCCUUUUAUGACCAGUUUGCCAUUGCACAGUUUGGUCUUUGGGCUGCCUGGUUGACAUGGCUGGGUAUAACCAUCCUGGCCUUUCUCAAAGUCUACCACAACUACCGCCAAGAAGACCUGCUGGAUAGCCUGAUUCAUGAGAAGGAGCUCCUGCUGGGGAGAUCUUCCAGGCGAAGAUCAGAUGCGGAUGAGAAAAGUGGAAUGAUCUAGUCCCAGGAUCAGUUCAUUUCAAUCGUAGGUCCGAGUCAGUGCUGGCAGUUUGUUUUUUUGUUGCUCCUCUUAUUUAUUUAUUUUUUGAUCUGACUGUCUAUUCAAUGUGUGCUCUCACAAAUGGAAAACGGUUUGAGCCUUUGUUCUCAGAUGACAUUGUGGAAGUGGGACGUUUGCAUUGACGUAGCAGGGCUGGGUCGGGCUUACUUGGUGCCCCGUGACGUAUCAGUAAUGCAUUCUGUCCAGCUCAUUAUUGUAUGUUUUUAUUUCUCUACUUAUUUAUUUUUUUGUCUGUAAUGGUGUAAUUACCAUUAUCAAUUAGGCUGGCGCCCUGCCAUGUCAGGUUAUUGAAUGUGCACCAAGUCCAAACCUAAAACUCGCUUCAAAUUUUCAUAGCAGCCACUUUCUAAAGAAGGUGACCUGUGCAAAAAAAAAAAAAAAAAAAACGUGUGAUGUCCCCAUAAAUGGUUGACUGAAAUGCCAGCAACACGUAGGUGGUGAAAUGUGACAGUUGGAGAUUUAUGCUUUUCUUGCUGUUUAUUUAUUUUUUUUGCAUGCGUUAAUAAAAACGUAAAGGAGUUUGGAGGGGUUGGGGGAGAAAAAUGGAAAUCACUUCGUUGAUCACAUUUCCCUUUGCCCUUGCAUUAUGAUUAUUUACCGUUAUUUAUCUGAAACGUUCUUUCUAUUGAACUUGCAAGAUCAGGGCACAUUUUAGCUGUUUACAUACAUUUUUAUAUUGGGGUAGAGGAACUGAACCAGCAAUCUUGUGGUUUACAUUCCCCAUCUGUUCAUUCAUUCAUUCAUUCAUUCAUUCAUCUGCCACUCCAUCCAUCCAUUCAUCACUCAUCUUUCCAUCAACUUUCUAAACUUGUUUAUCCUAAUUCAGGAUCUCGAGAUACCAAAGUCUUUCAGCACAUAAUGCCUGGUUUAUGCUUGGUUCAUUAAAAUUAACGAGACCUGGCGUCUAAUGCCCACCAUACUUUAAAGUAGCAGCAGGAUAUUAGAACAUUAGAACAAUCUUGACAAGAACAGCCCAACAAAGCUCACCAGUCCUAUCUACAUAAUUCUUCUAAAGUAACAUCAAGUCUACUAUCUGAUCAUUGCCACUUGCUUUGUUUCAACGUGCCAAUAUAUGCCCCUUGCAAUGCUGCUGUCUGAUAUUUGAUUGUCUGUUUCAAACUUAUUCUUCCCGUCCCCUUUUUCUCUCAUUUAACUAUCCAACCAUUUUCUAGUUCACUAGUCAAGGUCAGGCUCAUGAGGGGAUAGUCCCUGUUCUGGCAGGCUGUAUUGGGUGCAUUUCAUUGCAGUGGUGCCAGUCUGUCGCAGGGCACACUCAGUUAUACUAUGCCCGCUGAUUAACUUCCCAUUAAGCCAACAUGAAGGUUGGAGUGUAAGAUGAAGCAGAUGUAACCAGAGAAAAGCCCCCAAGGACACGGGGAGAAUGUGCAAACUCAGUUAGAGCUUACAUUUAAUGAACCUACUGGGCAGAGCCACAGAUCUUUUCUGAAGCCCCUUGCCCAUUCUAUUGGCAAAAGCAGAGCAACUCUGAUAUACUUUUCCAGCUGGGGUUUUAAAUUGGGUGGCAGUAAAUGUAGUGUAACCAUUUGCAUAAGGAGACCAAAGAUACUCCCAGAAUCCUUCAGAAUUUAAACUUGCGUCUCACAGAAAGCAGACAUAGGCAUUUCUGACCUGACACGAUGGGCUCUAAGUAAGUGACCUACAGAAAGCUAAGGAGAAAUAAGCAGUCAGGACAGUAAAGUUCAGGGCUUCAAUGACUGUAAGACAAUGCAGGCAGUACACUAUAUGAACAUCUGCCUAAAGGUCAUGCUGACUUGGAGGAGAUUCAAGACCUCCAAAUUAAGAACAAGCUGAGACAUCCUCAUGUUAUUUCACCUGUUGAGUAAGACAGAUGUGACAUGAGAAACUCGUACUUAUUGAACAAUAAUCACCUUAGCACAUUUUUAAGGACUGGCCAACUAAUAGAGUAUUCACCAUGUGUUUAUGUCUCAUCAUGUCUUAUGUGCAGAUAAACGGGUUCACCAUGUAACUGGUAUGUUUGUAUAAGGGCUGAACAAACAUCUAUGUCUAAAUAAUUUAAUCUGUCUAUCUAUGUAUCUAUCAAUCUAUCUAUUGUAACCACCAAGGAGCGUCCCUGACCCUCCAAACCUCAGACACAGUAAAGUCCAACACAUGUCUAGGUUUAAAUAAAAGAUAUUUAUUAAGCCUUAGCACAUUCCCAACAACACCCUUCCAAAGACCACUCACAAUAUACACAAAAUAAACAAAUUCUUCAUUCUUCCAUCCUCCCAUUGACUGCUGCACUCUGCCUCCUGACUCUGACUCACCCAAUGUGAUGUGGUGGGCUUCUUUUCAUGCCGGAUCUAGGAAACCUUCCAGGGACAUGCCAUGUUUUCUCAAAAGCACUAACGGUUAUAUAGAAAAUAUGGAGGUCCUCUAUUGGCACCCAGGGACUCCAACAGGGUUGCCCUUCUAGACACCAACUGUCAAGUGCCCCUGCGGGUGUCCCAACUGGGCUGCCACACAAGGACCAUUGCCAACUGCCAUAUGGGGGAUGAAACCACUCCCAACUGCUGGCUUCCAUUGGUCCAAACAAUAUAUUAUUAGUCUAGCCGGCCAACCUGUCUGUUCUUCUGUUUUGGCCUCUUGUCCAGGUAAGAAACUGCCCUCCAUCCUGGUUGGGAUGCAUGUUCUCUUCUUACCCUAUCUAUCUAUCUAUCUAUCUAUCUAUCUAUCUAUCUAUCUAUCUAUCUAUCUAUCUAUCUAUCUAUCUAUCUAUCUAUCU